UGCAGUGUCCAUGUUGAAGCAGGAUUUCAAAGAGGGUGAGAUGUCGCUGUCCUCUGCCCUGGCGUUGGCCGUCAAAGUCCUGAACAAGACCAUGGACGUCAGCAAGCUCUCGGCGGAGAAAGUGGAAAUAGCCACCCUGACGCGAGAAGACGGAAAGACCAAGAUCAAGGUGCUGAAACAGAAAGAGGUGGAGGAGCUGAUCAAACGACACGAGGCUGAAGAGGCCAAGGCCGAGAAGGACAAGAAAGACAAAGAACAGAAGGAGAAGGACAAAUAAACACGUAUUUAGAAUUCAUACUUUCCUAAAAAUCCCGUAAUGUGUUACGMGCUUGUUUGUCUUUUUCUUUAUUAAAACAUUGAAACCAAAUGUG